GGUUAAAAUGGCACAAUCGCGUUGGAAAUGUCACUGCAGUGUCCCGUAUUGUUCCAACAACAAGCAAAAACAUCCAUACUUAAGCUUUCACGAGUUUCCAUCGGAUGAUUACCUGCGAGCUCGCUGGGUUACAGCCAUCAGAAGAGACGAGGGCGCAACGUUCAAGAUUCUUCAUGGGAGCACCUAUGUUUGUAGUCUGCAUUUCAACAAUGAUGACAUUUAUUUAACUCCGAAAGGCUUCAGACGUCUUAAAAGGGGGGCUGUCCCGUUGAAGUUUGCCUGGAAUGACUGGGGAACCAGAGAACAACGGCAGUCGGUGUGUGAAAGGGCCAGUGAGAGACUGGAUGUUGACGUUAGGACCGCCGGGGAUGCUAACGAGGCAGACGCAUCUCCUCUCCUUGACCAUGAUUAUGCAUUUCCACCUCCAUCUGGUACAUCAGAUGAUGUCGGUCAGACAAUCAUGGAACUAAAAGCUAAAGUGCAGGAGCUACAACUGGAACUUGAACAGCUUACAACACAACAACAGCAGCCCAAAGUUAACCACUUUUGUGCCUCAGAUGAGGACUUCCGCUUCUACACCAGAUUCCCAUCAGAGGCGGUGUUCAUGGUUUUCUGGGAAUCAAUUCAUCCAUCUGCUUCCAGGCUUUUCUACUGGUCAAAGGCACAGAAAACAGCAUUUGGAGCACCAAGCCCCCACCGCAAGCUGCCUCUUAUUGACGAGUGCUUCAUGUUCUUCUGCCGCAUCGCUGCUGGGUUGAAGGAAAAGGUACUGGCAUCAAUAUUUAAUGUCAGUGUAUCGACAGUCAGUCGGACCAUCCUCACAUGGGCAAGCUACUUAUACCAAGUCCUUGGGUCACAGCCUACGUGGAUGACUCGGGAGCAGGUACAGGCCACCAUGCCUAACAAGUUCCGGCAGUAUUGUCCUAAUGUGAGAGUGAUAAUCGACUGUACUGAGCUUCACUGUGAGACCCCAUCUUCCCUCAUCUUAGAGUCUGAGACCUUCUCCAGCUACAAGAACCACACCACCUUUAAAGGUUUGAUCGGGAUCGCUCCUUCCGGUAUGAUAACAUUUAUAUCCAAGCUGUACACUGGCUCGAUUUCUGACAAAGAAAUCACCAGAGAAUCAGGUCUAGCACAGUUGCUGUUGCCUGGAGAUGGAGUCAUGGCUGACAAAGGGUUGUUAAUUGAAGAUCUGCUGGCAGAGGUAGGGGCAACGCUGAUCAUCCCCCCAUUCAAAACCACCCCCCAGCUCAGCACAACAGACACACAAAAAACUCAAGCCAUUGCCCGCCUAAGAGUGUUGGUGGAGAGGGCAAUAAGACGGGUCAAGGAGUACCACAUAUGGGAUGGAGUUGUUCCCCUCUCCCUGGCAGGCUCCAUCAACCAUCUGUGGGCAGUGUGCUGCCUGUUGACCCACUACCAAGGCCCUCUGGACAUCCAAAGUGACAAGCCUGUCUAGCGCUUUGGCUUUUGUUUACUACAGUGGUUCCUAAACUGUGGGCUGGGGCCCACUGGGGGGGCCACUAAGUUGUUGCAAGUGGGCUGCCAAAUCAGUACAAUUUUGUGAUGGACAGCUCCUUGAAAACUGUAAUA